AUGGCGCACCAGGAAGAUGACUAUCACUUUCAAAUGCAAGAGACCCCUUAUCAUUCUCGAGACGCAUCUUUUGCAUCCAAUUGGCCAGCCCAUUCUCGUGACGUAUCAGGCGCUUCAGGCUUCCGACCAGUGACACAGGACUCCUUUCGUCCAUACAGAGCCGGCGACUUCGCAGAUUCGACCAGACACCUCGUGCCUCACGUCAACGAGCCACAUGACGAUGCCUCCCCCACACGACAUUCGUUCAACCUUGCUUCGCCCACGCAGCAGAGUUUCCUACCCAAAGAUCUCGAAGCUCCUCCGAAGCCCAUGGGACCACCUGGGGGACCACCUCCUGAUGGUGGAACGACGGCCUGGUUGCAGGUACUGGGUGGUUACUUCCUCUUCUUCAACACUUGGGGUUUGAUCAAUGCGUUUGGUGUCUUUCAGACGUACUACAAGGCCACUUUGAUCUCAGACGAAACCAACUCGACAAUCGCAUGGAUCGGCACUUUGACAUCCUUCCUUCUUUGCGCCUCACCGAUAUCGUGGGGUCCUCUUUUCGACAUCGGCUCGCCAAGACUGCUGGUCAUCUUUGGAUCUAUCUCGGUGGUCUUCGGCAUCAUGAUGACCUCUCUUUGUAAAGAGUAUUGGCAACUGAUGCUCGCCCAAGGAAUAUGCUGCGGCAUUGGAGGCGGUGCACUAUUCAUCACCGCCACCAGCGUCCUGCCCUCCUACUUCAGCAAGAAGCGUGCUCUGGCCAUGGGUAUUUCUGCCUCAGGCUCGUCUCUGGGCGGUGUCGUCUACCCUAUUAUCUUCACCUACGUUCAACCUACCAUUGGCUUCGGCUGGGCCGUCCGCAUCAUUGGCUUCAUUGCCAUCGUCACCCUCGUCGUCCCCAUCCUCGUCAUUAAACCACGCGCCAAGCCCCCUGGACGCCGAAAGAUCUUCGACACAUCGAUCCUGAAGGAGGUCCCUUUCGAAUUCAUGAACCUGGCGACGUUCUUUGGGUUCGUUGGUCAGUAUAUACCUUACUUCUUCAUCGAACAAUUCGCCGCCAACCACGGCCUGGGGCUGGAGUUCUGGAUGCUCAUCUUCCUCAACGUGGGCUCAAUACCUGGGCGGAUCGUUCCAUCCCUCAUCGCAGACAAGUUCUUCCACCCCCUGAAGGUACUCGCAUGCACCACAGCCGCCGCGACGCUCCUCGCAUUCUGCUGGAUCGCCAUCAAACACAGCACGGCAGGCCUGAUUGUCUGGUGUUUCCUCUACGGCUUCUGCUCAGGCGCGUUCGUCUCUCUCCAAGGCGCUGCAGUAGCGUCCAUGACGAGCGACCUCCGAACAAUCGGCACGAGAUUCGGAAUCAACAUGUUCGCUGGUGCUUUGGGUAUCCUCAUCGGAAGUCCUGUUGGAGGAGCGAUCUUCCCAGAAAGCUGGCCUGGUGCGCAGAGUUUCUGUGGUGGGACGUUAUUUGUAUAUUCCUAA